AAAAGAAAAUGUGGAUCUCAGAAACUAACACCUUGUUUUCACUUGAAGAAACUGGUCUUUGGUGAGGUGAUGGGGCAAAGUGUGCUACUUCACCAUCAUCAGCAACCGUCUCGGAAGCUUGUAAGUAUUCGGUUUGCUCUAAAUUAGUCGUUUCUUCGUAUCUUUUCAAGAACCCUUUGUUUGUGGGACAACCAUUGUCUAUUCGCGGAAAUGCCAUCCCAGGACUCCGCCCGAGCUGGGGGUGGGGAAGAAGCCGUGCGUGGAGAGAUCGACUGAGAAUUAAACUGAGCGAACAAAGAGAACUCCCGGCAGCCGGCAGCCUUGCGCCAGCUCCUCUCAGCUGCAUCAGGAGACUCCAGAGGGUCAGACCGAGGGUGCAGGCUGCUCCGACUGGCCUCCCAAGGAAAAGAGCUCAAGUAAAUAAUUGAUGGAGAUUGAUCGGACCCGAGACAAAGCUUUGCUGGAAACCAAUACAUCCGAUUUUAAGCGGUUUUGGAGUCUUCUGCCAAAUACAGGAAAUGGGAGUAGGGCAAGGAUUUUGAUGAGCCAGGCUGAUAAUUCUCCAUCUCGGGCGUGGCUCUGGCCUUUUUGUCUUCUUGCCUCCCAUCAACUACCCCUGUUCCCCAUCCUCACCUACUCUUUCCUCUUUAAGCAAUCACUCCCUUUACUUCUCUCCUGCCCUCCCUCCAAUCCCGCCCUCUUUCCAGCCCAGUCCGGUGAGGUCAGCUCAUAAAUACUGCUGUACUUCCUGGGGAGCGUCUGGCACAGCUUGGUACCCGGAGCAUUGGGCUGCUGCAGUUGCAAUUCCAGCCCAGCUAGGCACCCGCCGGCUAGGAACCCGCUCCCAGAGUUCCGCGUCUUUGUAGUUACCGCCUUUGUUUGGCGAACCCGAGUGGGUGUGGAUCCCAUGCAAGCAAGCCUGCUCAGCAAGAAAGUCUUCUAGAACACUACGAAGUUGAACACUCUCUGAAAGAUAGAAAAAUAACCUCGAGGGCUCCGAAAUAACAGGAAGAAAGCGGUGUUGAUUUGCAUCAACUUCCUGGAAGCGACGCCUCUGCAGAGAAGUGAGAACUUCUGGAUUUUUAAGGAGAUGAGAAUGAGAAACGGGGUGGGUCCUGGGAUAGAUAGGAUUUGAGAUGGAAAGGGUUGAUUUAGUCCUUAUUUAAAUUGCUUGGAUGAUGAUUUCUACUGUAGAAAGCCUUGGGAUGCAGUACCUUCCUAUUGCUAGUGACAGUCGCCAGGUGCCUUAGAUUGAGUUAGUUACUGAAACCCAAGUUUUCUCUGAGGUUAAAGUUGUCUGGGAUCAGGCUUCAGUUCAUGACUUCUCAGCUCCUGUGUGGUUUUGCUUAGUUAAAUAUAACUUUGUAUUGCCAGUAUAAUUAAGUUGGAUGGCCCACAUUAGUCUGACCCAUGGUAAAGUAGGCCAGACAUUCUAGCAGUGGCUAACUUUGUUUUCCCCUCUGAUGUAGUCUUUGCUUAAUCUUUGUUUUACAACGUGAGCUGAAAAGAUAUUGCAGAGGCAGAAAAGGAGGUGGGGUAUUUGGUUGCUAGAAAUGAUUAUAUUCUCAAGAUACAACAGAUAAUAACAGUAAUAAUGUAAGAAAGUUCCUGGGAAAUCAUCUCUCCGAAACGAUGUGUGCGUAAGAGAAGUUUGUGUGUAGUCGUGGCCUUUCUGUGUUUUAUAGAUAAAUAAUGUUCUCCUGAAAAGUGAGCCAAAUGAACUAGUUGACUGGGUCACCGGACAGGAACACAGGGCAGAAGCUUGUUUUCCAGUUUAAAGUGGUCGGUUUAUUUUGGGAAGAUAACCACAUAUCUUACACCAUAAAGGAAGAUGAAUAGCUUUCUGGGUAUAGAAUCUUCUGUUUCAAAAUCGGGCUCUGAGUGAACAUUCUAACAUUUUUAAAAUUUAAAUUUAAUUUUAUGUGUAUGGUAUUUUGCCUGCACGCUUCCAAUGGGUGGGGCUAUAUCCCUACAUGCAUGUAUAUUUGUGUAACAUAUCUAGACCUGAUGCCCAGGGAGGCCAGGUCCCAUGGAACUGGAGUUUCAGACAGUUGUGAGCUUCCAUGUGGGUGUUGGGAAUAGAACAUGGAUCCUCUGGAAUAGCAGUCAGUACUAUUAACUGCUGAUCCGCUUCUCCAGGCACAUGACUGGGCAUUUUAAAGCUUCAGCUUAGUUUAUUAUAUACCAUCUAGGGGGAUGGUCAAAACUGAAACUUUUUUCUGCAUUGCACUUACAACUCAGCGCUUCAUAAGCACAGAAAAGUGUGGACAAAUUCAUCACUGAAAACUUCACAGCCUGCUUAUCAGAUUUCCCAAAAAGUAUUUUUGAGCUAUAAAAAUAAUCUCUUUGGGAUUUCCAAUGACUGAAUCUUAUUUCUGAUGCUACCAUUUUUUUUUUAAAUCUUGAGACUGGGAUUUAUUUAUAGUCACUCUUUGUAUUUUCUUUUGUGUUCUGUUCUAAAGAAAGUUGGCUGUAAUUAUCUAAAGACAACAUUAGGGGCCGGAGCAGAAUCCGAAAAAUGUCAUUUAUCUACAGUAGAUAUUCUCUAGGAUCUUACAUCAUAACAGUGUUUCUUUAACUGACACCUGGGGAUACGAAUUAAGUAAAAAUUUUCCCCACUAAACCGUGUUUUAAAUACAGAUUUGAAGCUGAAGAAAGCCGUUUGACAACUAUAAUGUGUAAACAUUUCCUUUGCCUUCCGAAGUCUCUUCAGGACCUUAUUCCUCCGCCCACUCCACCAUUUUCUUUCCCAUUCAUUUCUUUCUGAAGCCGUGUCUAACCCUUUCCAAAACCUGCUACCUAAGGAACACAAGCUUUAUCUGCCUUUGACUGAGAUGGAGUAAGACGGAAACAGCGCCACGUUGGACAAAAUGAGAAGCAACAGCCUUGUACCCUUUUCUUAGUCAAGGGUUUCAUGAAACGCUGGAUUUCCAAAUCUCCUUUUUUCUCUGUCCAGAAAAUUCAUCUUUAACUCUGCAACGACGUAAACAUACUGUAUAUUUCUCUUCUUUUAUUUCCGUCCCAGCUUAGAAAGGAAGGUUGGUGGCAAAAAAGGAGAGAAGAGGAUGGCGUAGAGAUGGACGGUUCCAAGUCACAUCCGGUAGGUUCUCCCUAGACUGCCAUGAGUCAGCCACCGUCCGGGGGCGCUGCCCCAGUCGCAACCUCAGUUUCUGCUGCCACCGCAGCCACGGAGGCUCGCCUGCACCCAGAGGGCAGUAGCAGAAAGCAGCAGCGAGCUCAAUCACCUGCUAGGCCUAGGGACAAUUCUUUCCGACAGACCGCCGCGGCCACGCGAUCCCCUCUUGGCGUUGGCACUAAACUCAAUUCCGUUCGGCAGCAGCAGCUGCAGCAACAACAGCAGCAGCAGCAGGGUAACAAGAUAACCGGUCGUGGCGCCUCUGGAGCCGGCUCCAGAGGAUGCGGAGGCGGGGCGGAGAAGGCAACGCCCGUGGUACCCAAAGGGGCUGCUUCAGGAGCUGUCCAGCCCGCGCCUGGUGCUGAAGGGCCCCCCGCGGCGAUCCUGGCCUCUGUGAGCUCCAGGAGGCCCGGGCCUUCAGAGGAGUCAUCCCGAGAGAUAGAAUCAGUGCCCUCGAAAGUCGGGGAACCCCCUCCGCUCGGGGGAGGAGGAGGGGGCGGGGAAGGAGGAGGAGCCGGCGGCGGCCCGGGGGACCGGGAGGGGGGCGCACCGCAGCCGCCGCCGCCCAGGGUUUGGCGAGGAAAAGGCGUCCGCACUUCUCAGAGGGGUAGUAGCGGCGGGGAGGGGGUCUCCCCUUCGCCACCCACCGCUGCUGCAAGCAGAGCCCCCGGCCCGGGCAGCAGAAACUCUGGAAGCGGCGUCGCAGGGGGCGUUAGCGGAGGUGGAGGGAGCUACUGGAAGGAGGGUUGUCUGCAGUCUGAGCUCAUCCAGUUCCAUCUCAAGAAGGAGCGGGCGGCAGCGGCGGCGGCGGCCGCGGCUCAGAUGCACACUAAAAACGGUGGCGGUGGCAGCCGCAGCUCCCCGGUCGCCGGCGCCCCUGCCAUCUGUGAGCCCCUUGUGGUCCCCUCCUCCUCCCCAAUGGCGGCCGCCGCCGAAGGCCCCCAGCAGAGCGCAGAGAGCAGCGGCAACGGCGGGGCCAUGCAGGCGGCGGCUCCCCCUUCGUCGCAGUCGCACCCGCAGCAGCUCCAGGAGCAGGAAGAUAUGCAGGAGGAGAUGGAGAAGCUGCGGGAAGAGAACGAAACUCUCAAGAACGAGAUCGACGAGCUGAGAACCGAGAUGGACGAGAUGAGGGAUACUUUCUUCGAGGAGGACGCCUGUCAGCUGCAGGAGAUGCGCCAUGAGUUGGAGAGAGCCAACAAAAACUGCCGGAUCCUGCAGUACCGCCUCCGCAAAGCCGAGCGCAAAAGGCUCCGCUACGCGCAGACCGGGGAAAUUGAUGGCGAGCUGUUGCGCAGCCUGGAGCAGGACCUCAAGGUUGCAAAGGAUGUAUCUGUGAGACUUCACCAUGAACUGGAAAAUGUGGAAGAAAAGAGGACAACAACAGAAGAUGAAAAUGAGAAGCUGCGGCAGCAACUUAUAGAAGUCGAAAUUGCGAAGCAAGCCUUACAAAAUGAACUGGAGAAAAUGAAGGAGCUAUCCUUAAAAAGAAGAGGAAGUAAAGAUUUGCCAAAAUCUGAAAAAAAGGCUCAACAGACACCCACAGAGGAGGACAAUGAGGAUCUGAAGUGCCAGUUGCAGUUCGUUAAGGAAGAAGCUGCCCUGAUGAGAAAGAAAAUGGCCAAGAUUGAUAAAGAAAAAGACCGAUUUGAGCACGAACUCCAAAAGUACAGAUCUUUCUAUGGGGACCUGGACAGCCCUCUACCCAAAGGAGAAGCUGGGGGACCUCCAAGCACGAGGGAGGCGGAGCUCAAGCUGCGGCUGCGGCUGGUGGAGGAAGAGGCUAACAUCUUGGGCAGGAAAAUAGUAGAACUCGAGGUGGAAAACCGUGGCCUGAAGGCGGAACUGGACGACCUGCGGGGCGACGACUUCAAUGGCUCGGCCAACCCCCUCAUGAGGGAGCAAAGCGAGUCCUUGUCAGAGCUGCGACAGCACCUGCAGCUGGUGGAAGAUGAGACCGAGUUGCUGCGGAGGAACGUGGCCGACCUGGAGGAGCAGAACAAACGCAUUACUGCUGAGCUCAACAAGUACAAGUACAAGUCCAGCGGCCAUGACAGCUCGAGGCACCACGACAGCGCCAAGACCGAGGCCCUGCAGGAGGAGCUGAAGGCAGCGCGCCUGCAGAUCAACGAGCUGAGCGGCAAGGUCAUGCAGCUGCAGUACGAGAACCGCGUGCUCAUGUCCAACAUGCAGCGCUACGACCUGGCCUCACACCUGGGUAUUCGUGGAAGCCCCCGCGACAGUGAUGCAGAGAGCGAUGCGGGCAAGAAGGAGAGCGACGAUGACUCCCGACCACCCCAUCGUAAGCGAGAAGGGCCUAUUGGUGGCGAGAGCGACUCCGAGGAAGUGCGGAAUAUCCGCUCGCUCACGCCCACCCGCUCCUUCUACCCCACACCCGGUCCCUGGCCCAAGAGCUUCUCGGAUCGACAGCAGAUGAAGGACAUCCGCUCCGAGGCCGAGCGCCUGGGAAAGACCAUCGAUCGGCUCAUCGCAGACACGAGCACCAUCAUCACUGAGGCGCGCAUCUACGUGGCCAACGGGGACCUAUUCGGACUGAUGGACGAGGAGGACGACGGCAGCCGCAUCCGGGAGCACGAGCUGCUCUACCGCAUCAACGCUCAGAUGAAGGCUUUCCGCAAGGAGCUGCAGACCUUCAUCGACCGCCUGGAGGUGCCCAAGUCUGCGGAUGACCGCGGCGCCGAGGAGCCCAUAUCCAUGUUCCAGCCCAUCAUUUUACUUAUUCUCAUCCUUGUGUUAUUCUCCUCACUUUCUUACACAACAAUAUUUAAACUUGUCUUCCUUUUCACACUGUUUUUUGUACUGUAAAUCUUUCCCCAUUUAUCAUUCGUUGUCGU